AUGUCCACAAAUUGCAUCGCGCGGCGACUCCAAUGGUUGCUCGAAUGCUACGUAUGGACGCCGUCAGGGACAGUCCAAGGGUUCAAUGUUCGCUUGACAAGCUACGCGUGGUGGGCACAAGAGCGCCUAGAAUACACCGGGAUAGACACGACAGACUUGGAAGAAUGGCUCGAAUGCGCUCCAGAUGAGCCCCAGAGCGAAGACGAUCGAAGCGUCGACUCCUCGGAGGCGACUGAUUCAGAGCCUACAUCGGAAGCUGGCCACGAGCGGGCCCGGGACCCACCGGAGCCACGAACAGACAGCCAGAAGCGAUCUAUUACACAGAACCUCAUUGACACAGUGCAUGCACUCGAGGGAUCCACGGCGCAGGGGCCCGACAUCGAAAUGCAGGCCGUAGGAGCCGGCUCGACCGCGGCAUCAGAUGUGCCCCGUGCGACGGACACCGCACCGCCAGCCGUCAGUGGGGCCACGCCAGCGACCGUUACGACGCUUGAUGAAUCCGAGUCGCCGCAAGGGCCGGAUGCCGCCCAAACCGAGUCGAUCGAUCCACUAGAGGACACGAAACCGCACGCACAAGACUUCGAAUCCGAUGUUGCACGCGCGGUAGCAGAGGCGGGCACGUCUGCGGACGAAGGUCGUCUGGGCGGACUCGCAUGUGCGAUCGAGUACGCGGAUAUUCGCCAGGGCAGCGACGCGCAUUCGAGUCUAGAGGGAGGAGGUGCACCAGGCGACGUACCUGCGCAGCCGUCCGCGUCGCACCAGGAGCUGGGCAGGCAGAGUCGGAACAGUGGCUGAUUCGGAGGAUGGGGGACGGUGGUUGUUGACGUGUACGUCGUGAGUUGCUGGAUAGACCAUCGUCGCCGCAUGCUGACGUUCACCGCAGGCGGCCGGUGUGGGGCGAUCUUUGACGACCCUUGGUCGAUGAUAGACGGAGGCCUCGGUGCACGAACAAUAUCUUGGACUG